UAGGCUGGUUCCUGAUUUUGACUAAAACAAAAGCCAACAACAAUACGCCAUUUUUUGAUUUAUAAUUUAAUAAAAUAUUAGUCCCUUGGUUGAAGUUUGGAUCUGCAACUUUUUUAAGUGGGGCGGAUUCCAUAGUUAGUUGGAGAGAAAUUGCUACCCGAGAGAUCAAUUUACGGGCAAAAAAUAUGCGACACUCGCAGCAAAUGUAAACCAUUUACAUACUGGGUGCCGUGCUAGCAGAAGCUACAGGGCUGAGUGGACGGAUAAUAGCGGUAGAGGGAUGACGCCGUCUCUCCGGGGCCCGACUGAAUGAGAGAGAUCGGCAAGUCCAGUAUUUACUGUGGGUCUUCAGCUGUCAUCCAUGCAUCCGACCACAGCUCCUGACAGCACAGACGCAUCCGGACUCUUUGCAAGAGGUCUGCCAUCUGUAAAAACACGAAUCCGGAAGGUUAUGUUGCAAUUCUCAAGAAUAUAAACAUACUGGAGCUAUAGGGGCUAAAUGCUCUUGUGGGCAGUGGUACUGGAACCUCCUGCCUGAAGGAGCAAUUAUUUAACAUUUGACAGGUUUGACAGCUCCCUGCUGCUGGGUGUCCUACUAAAAUGACAACAGAGUGGGGUGAGAAAUCCACAGCGGACCUCAUGAGUAGGUAUGUCUCCAAGGACAUGGGAUAUGAAGUGGCUAAGGAGGGCUGGCGAAUCUGCCUGGCACAUGAGUUCAAGGAGAAGAGAAAGCCCUUUCAAGCAAAAGAUGUCUCACUGUCCAACGUCUUGGAGCACCUUGGACUUGGAAUCAGGUAUCUAAAAUGGUGGUACAAGAAGACCCAGGUGGAAAAGAAAGCUCCAUUCAUUGAUAUGUUUGGUGCACAACCCUUGCGUCAAAUAUAUGGUGCUCCACUUGGCGGCAUUGGAGGCGGUACCAUCACGAGAGGUUGGCGGGGGGAAUUCUGCAGGUGGCAACUCAACCCUGGGAUGUACCACUAUAAAACUGUCACAGCAAACCAGUUUACAGUGUGUUUGCGUCGUGGUGGGCAAACGGUUUACCAGCAGGUGCUGUCUGUAGAGCGUCCUCCCACAUUACAGGGCUGGAACUGGGGCUACUGCGGAGAGUACGCCUUCUAUCAUGCCUUGUACCCACGUGCCUGGACUGUCUACAACCUCCCGGGACAGAAUGUCACCUUAACCUGCAGACAGAUUUCCCCCGUCAUUCCUCACGACUACCGGGAUUCUAGUCUCCCAGUGGCAGUAUUUGUGUGGGACAUAGAGAACAAGAAUGACUACGCUCUGGAUGUCUCCAUCAUGUUCACCAUGGUCAACGGGUCAGGACACAAGGACGACAAGGGUGGGGGACACUGGAAUGAGCCAUUCCACCUGGAGAAGGAGGGAGAGGCGGUGUCUGGGGUCCUGCUACAUCACUGCACUGCGGUGAACCCUUACACUCUGUGCAUCGCAGCCCGAGAACAGCCUGACAGGGAAGUCAGUCACCAGACAGCGUUCAGUCCAAAGGGAACCUGCAGCAGCCUGUGGACUGACCUCAUCACUGACGGACGACUGGACUCCCCUACAGGAUCCAGUCCACCGACGAAUAAAGGAGAGAAGGUGGCGGCAGCGUUGGCUGUGGGCUGCUCGGUGUCAGCUCAAAGCCGUAACACCCUGGAGUUCUGCCUGGCCUGGGACAUGCCGAAAAUCACUUUCGGAUCUCGGGAGAGGGAACACAUCAGGAGAUACGCUCGGUACUUCGGGACGAAAGGGGAUGCGUCCCCCUCACUCAGUCACUAUGCCCUAACACACUACGGACAGUGGGAAAAGAGCAUUGAGGAGUGGCAAAGACCCAUUCUACAGGACAGUUCUCUCCCCUCCUGGUACAAGUCAGCCCUGUUUAAUGAGCUGUACUUUGUGGCGGACGGAGGGACGGUGUGGACAGAGCUGUCGGAGGAUGCUGACGUCAGCGGGGGCGUGCGCAGCGAGGACGGGGGGCUGCCAGCUCAACCUGCUGUCGUCAAGGAGUACGGCCGCUUUGCCUACCUGGAAGGUCAGGAGUACAGAAUGUACAACACAUACGAUGUGCACUUCUAUGCUUCCUUUGCACUUAUUAUGCUGUGGCCCAAACUCGCCUUGAGUGUGCAAUAUGAUAUUGCUGGCAGUGUGGUUCAGCACGACCCAACUGAGAGGCUCCAUCUGAUGAGUGGGCGGCAUUCAGCUGUCAAAACCAAAAAUGUGGUGCCUCAUGACAUAGGAGACCCAGAUGAUGAGCCAUGGCAGAGGGUAAAUGCCUACCUCAUCCACGACACAGCAGACUGGAAGGACCUGAACCUGAAAUAUAUCCUGCAGGUCUACAGGGACUUUCAUCUCACCCAGGACAGCCAGUACCUGCGGGAUAUGUGGCCCAUCUGCCAGGCAGUGAUGGAGUCGGAGAUGAAGUUCGACAUGGAUGGAGACGGACUGAUUGAGAAUUCUGGAUAUGCUGACCAGACCUACGAUGGCUGGACGGUGACUGGACCGAGCGCAUACUGUGGUGGGCUGUGGGUGGCGUCCCUGUGUGUGAUGUGCAAGAUGGCCAGACUGGUGAACAACGAGGAGGCAUACCAAAAGUACAGAGACAUCUUAGACAGGGGCAGUGCUGCUUUUGACAAACUUCUGUGGAACGGCAAGUACUACAACUAUGACAGCAGUGGGAGAGACCUUUCUAAUAGUGUCAUGUCUGAUCAGUGUGCAGGCCAUUGGUUCCUGAGGGCGUCUGGGCUGGGAGAGGAAGAAUACCAGGUUUUUCCAAAAGAAAAAAUCCAGAGUGCACUAAAAUCUGUCUUUGACUUGAAUGUAAUGAGCUUCGCUGGAGGCCAGAUGGGGGCAGUUAAUGGUAUGCGACCUGUAGGAGUGCCCGACCGCUCCAGUGUCCAGUCAGAUGAAGUCUGGAUUGGAGUGGUGUAUGGACUGGCAGCAACGAUGAUCCACGAGGGUAUGUGGGAGGAGGGCAUGCGCACAGCGGAGGGUUGCUACCGGACCGUGUGGGAGAGGCUGGGAAUGGCCUUCCAGACACCUGAAGCUUACUGUGAGAAAGGCGUUUACCGCUCUCUGGCAUACAUGAGGCCUCUGAGCAUCUGGGCCAUGCAGCUAGCCCUCAACACUUCACAGAAGGACCAAAGCACAUCAGCUCAGACUAAAGCCACAGACAGGGAGUAGGGAUAGGAUCUGAGAGAAAAUCAGAGCUGGGACCUGAGCCAUCAGACCGAGUGUGAUUAGUGAUUAGAGACGUACAGCGAGUUCCUCUGGCAAUGACCUACAAUCUCCACCCGCAGUGAACACACUCAUCAGCUGGGCUCCAUUUCAUCAGUUACAGACUGAAUUGGAUCAUCUACUGUUUGUUUUGCCUCAGAUGUUUCGAUGAAGUCAUCAGAAUCUGUAGAGGUGGAGAGUUUAAACAUUUCUGAAGAGAAUGCAAAUGGUUCCUGAUUUUUCUUUCUUUUUUUUUUUUAAGUUGUGGAGUGUGAGUGGAACCGAGGAAAUGUGGAAAUCAUGACCAGAGUGUACUGCUAAUUAAAAUCUGAUCUUGUGUUUCAGCAACAGUCUAUUUCACAAUCACGUCAGUAAUUAUGUUUGCAUACUUGGGAGAGGAACAUACUGUAGAGUGCAUAAGCUAACUAUUUGCAGGCAUGUGAUCAUUAUUGUCUUCAAGAGUUGAGAAUUCAGUAAUUAAGCCUGAAUGAUCUCUAUUAGAAAGAGAAACCAUUUUCAUUUUUCCUCCACUUAAAUUUGAAUGCUGUAGUAAGUAAUGUAAUAUGCAAUGAGUAGUGAUGGAAAUCUGAUAUUUUUUUUUCCCUUUUUUACUCAAUUGUAUUUGGUGCCUUGUUGCAUGUAGGCCUACUGUAUAUCUACAGUGUAUUAAUAUAGUGACAACAUUUGCUAUGUUUUAUAAAAUUCAAUAUUCAUGACAAUCAUGCUGAAUAAAUGGCAGAAUAAGAUACAA